AGAUCUUUUGCUUUCUCUCUCCUAAUAAUUCCAUUACAACGACACACAACAGACCAGUCAACAACAUAGUAACUUUCCUACUCCUAGUAAAUACAUAUAAGUAAGUAAGUAAAAAAUAGUGUCCCGUUCUUCUGCACACCUUUUUGCUCUAACUGCAACAAAAUCGACACCUUUGCGCCACACUGCACAAACUACAAGCUUUAUCAAGAUUGGAUACUUAUCUAAAAACAUUCGCAGACUUUUACAAGUGUUGACUUUUAUCAUGUAAAAAAAUUAAUUGACUGCUACGCACGCAUCAAUAAGUCAUUUAUCAAAUCAAGUUCAGCUUCAAAUUGCGUAAAGUCUUAUUCAAGUGUGGGGAUGAUGACACGAAGAAAUUAGCAAAUUACAUAAAAAUGGCAUUAUAAGAACAUCCUCCCUCCCUCAUUAGGCGACGCACUUAUCUAAUUGUUGUCAUCAAUAAUUGAAAACAAAUUAUUUUACACUACUAUGUAUCAAGAAUAACGCUACCUCAAACAAUAAAAUUGAAGAUCUUCCACCAGAUUUAAGAACAAACAUUUAUAAUAAUCACCCUCUUACAAGGAUUACGUAAAUGCAAUGAACAAAGGAAUUUUCAUCGAUGCAAAAAUUAAAAUGUUUUAUUACUACAAAAAGAAGAAACUGGACUUGGUUCCUCUAAACUCAUCCACCAUGAAACGACCACGUAAUACAGAAGAAAGAUGAAGGCAAACUCUUCCACCUUGAAAUUGAAUAAGACUGACGACUGACGAAGUUUACACACAAAAGAUUAUCGACCGGAACUAAUAAUUGGGGAGGAUUUUGAAUGGCCAACCUAUUUCCUCAUCAUCAACAACAACAUCAACAGCAGCAGUCCUCCUCCGUAGUAGAGGAAGAAGAGAACUGUAGCCAUAAACCGAUCCUACUAUCCGACGGGCUAACAGAGAAUAUCAAGACGAAACAAAAUCAUGAAGAUUCAACCAUUUCCGGUUGUGCUAUCAGUAGUAACGAACCAGCUACAGCAGGCAUCGGGAGAAGCCCUGUGUUUCAAGAUAUUGGACAUGGCAAGUUGUACAACAGUCCGAGGACGGGUCAGCAGUCGGCCACUUUUGGAAACAAUAAUUCUGGUAGAACGAGCAACUUCCAAUUCCAUCAAAUUCCUCUCCCACAUAAUAAAAAUUCUGGAAGAAAUCGUGGAAAUGUGUCUUCCUUUUUAGGAGGAGGAGGUGGAGGACGUAGUCAAGAAAAUAGUAGCAAUACCACAUUUUUGGAACGAUUCCGAUCUCAAACUAAUAUUUGUGAAAGUGCAAACUCGGGACAGAAAUUGACACGAAAUGGGAGCAGUUUUAGCAUGACCACGACGACAAGUCCUAUCGAUGUGUUUCCACCACCACCAGUUUCACCUUGUUCGGUAAAAAGUAAUCAGAAUUUUGGACCUCAUCGUGGGAACGGGAACGGAUUUCGAGGCGUUUCUUACCCCUCGACAACGUCCUCGUCAAGUGCUCAUUCAUACCGUGAAAAUUCUGCACCUCCCAAACCCAAGAAAUGGUUCUCCUUCACGAAUCUCUUAAACAAACAGAAUCUCUCGAGUCUCCUCAACAUCCCGAAAAGUCGCCUCUCUGUGUCGUCUACGCUUAAUUCCGUUUUUGUCGGAGGGGGAAAUUCUCCAUCGCCGAGUGGGAGUGAGAGCGGUGGGAGCAACGUCUUCUUCGGACUGAGUUUCGGAUCCUUCGAUAAAGGGGGAGGAUUUCAACCGUCGAAUAAUUCGACGUCGUCAUCAUCCCACCAAAAUCAGCAGCAACAACAACACCUACAAUCGCCCACACAUUCCGGUAGUGGUGGAAUUAGCACCGGGAACGACUUUAGUACGGGACAAAACCAAGUAAUAUUUCGCCGCAAGAGUGGCGGCGGUGGGGGUGCUCGAAGUGAACGUAGCAGUGCCUCCACGUCAAGCAGUGUUGGACCCAUUUCUAAACAUUACUCGUCCGGAAACGCAUCUUACGACAGUGAUCGUAGCAGUGGGGGUGGAUAUUACACAGUAAACAGUGGUGGAUGUGGUGGUGGCCCUCCUUCUUCCUCGUCUGGGAGUAAUCGUCUCAGUUGUGGCGAGUUUUUUACGGGGACGCCGAACUCCCCGAUUUUUUCUGGUACCGAGAGAGACCCCGAGUUCCACCAGUGGCACCAGCAUCACAAUCUUCGAGACGGCGGAGGAGGUCAAUCCAUGUCAGGAUUUUCUAGCCGAAACGCAGACUAUAGUUCGAGAGACUUUUAUCACUUUCAUAAAAGUUUGGGAAGGAGUUUGCCCACUUUAUUGGAAUCGAUGGAGUCUGGAAUCGCAUCUCAGAGUUCGUCUGAAAAUGGUGGUGGUGGUGGGGGCCCAUCGUCCUCCCACUACUCGGUCGAUUCCGUGAUGGAUCUCAUGCACCAAGAGUUUGCCCUCCUGACUGGAGCAAAGUCACUGGACGACCAUUACAUUUUGACGUUUCCGGAUCGUGGGAACUUUCACUUGUUAGGGGACGAGGAUUACAGGAGGCUCAUGAUUUACUUGACUGCAGUGCCACCGAUGCACGAUUCAGAAUCAGGGUUCGUGAUCAUAGUUGAUCGCAGGAAUGACAAAUGGAAUUCUGUGAAAACUACGCUUGUUAGAAUAUCGAACUAUUUUCCUGGCCUGAUCCACCGCGUCUUUGUCCUCCGCCCGGUCGGGAUUUUCCAAAAAGCAUUGUCUGAAAUAUCUUCAAAGUUAUUCCGCACAGAAAAUCUCCGCUUUCGUCUCACCGUGUGUAACAGUAUGGCUGAUCUCUUCGUUUUCGUGGAUCCUUCCCAACUUACCCUAGACCUGGGAGGACUUAUCUCAUACGACAAAGUAAAAUGGGUUCAACAACGCGUUGAAGUAGAGGCCUUCCACCACGCGUUGCAAAGUCUGUCACGGGAUUUGAAAGGAUUCACCGAAGUAUUUCAUGACUUGGAGUAUCCCAAUAAUGUGGGCUCCACCGAGGUGCUGAUUUCCGAUAAGCAUUCCGAGUUUCAAAGACUGCGCAGCGACCUCACGCAAGCGGUCGACCAUGGGGAACACUUACUCUUUCGGAUUAAAGAUAUGUGUAACACGCCGGAACCGGAUAACGGGAUGGGCAGCAGCAACGCGAGAAAGAACGGGGGCGGAGAUAUUGUUAAAAAUCAUAAGGGGAAAUUAGGUCAGAGGUCAGUAAACAGUUCGUCAGUCCAGCUCAUCAAUGUGAUUUCGGUGGAGAGGUAUAUCAUUCAAAUUGAGGAGACGGCAAGACUAUUUGAAGAAUUUUGGAUCAAGGAGAAAACGAGCUUGGAGCAGUGUUUGCAGUUGAGGAGGUUCGAGCACGACUUUAGAGAGAUGCAGGCCACGUUCGACAUCGGAAUGAAACGAUUGGAAGAGUUGGGCGAAGUGGGAGAAAGUUUAUCCGCGACGGAGUUUCUCAUUCGCGAUACGUCCGAAUUUGAAGCCUCAUCUAGAGAUGAUGUGUCCCGGGCUCAAGAGCUGGAACGGAUCGGGCGUGAAAUUGUAGCCUCUAAUCAGUCUGCAGUGGAUUCCGUGGAACCAAAGUGUUACGAGCUUUCCAGAAUAAUUGCCCAAUUUCAGAUUAUACUGGAAGACAAGAUGACCAAACAGAAGGAAUGGAGAGAAAUCCAGGCUGUGAUUGAAAAGGCAAAUCAACUAUGCAAUGAAGGAAUGGACUUGAUGACGUGCCAAAUAUCCGAUCAACUCACGGGGGGAGAAGAUUCGACGGAUUGUCGUGAUGGUGGAUCAUCAUGUGGAAGUGCACUCAUUUCCAAAAUUGAUGAUUUUUUGGAACGAAUUCGUACCAUGCGGGAGGAAUUGAGUUGUUUCAAAACGACGCCAACAUCUCCUACGACGUCGCAGUCGAAACCACUGGUCAAACAGGUUUUAAAACGGGUCGAAGACGUCGAAGUGAUGUGCAUCAAGCGAAAAAGUGUAAUUGUUCAACAAUUAUCAAAACUGACCAAAACGAGACGAUCUUCAGGUUCAUCUUUUGCCUCCACGCCAUCCAGCGGAAGUCAGACUUCGUGUUACCUAAAUAACUUAGAACUAAAAUCUGCAAAAUCCACAUCUCAAUUGGACUCUGGCAUGGCGGAGGAUCACUACUCAUCUCCGACCAGUUUGAGAUCAGGCAGUUCGACGCUCUCCUUGGAUGGGAGCAGUGGUGGAUAUGGGAAUAAUUCGAAACAUGCGAGCAACCGGCCGGAUGGCGACUGGGAGUUGAAGAAGAUUAAAAGGGGCCACGUUCUGAACGAAUUGUUACAAACGGAGAGAAGUUAUGUGGAAGAGAUUGGCGAAAUACUUGCUGAAUAUCGGGAUCAAAUCAGUAAUCCAGAGGCCAGAUCGCUUCUACCUGCCCAAUUGCAACCAAUAAUUACUCCGACAAAGUUGCAACGAAGAAAUCCUAGUGUCGCAGUACUGUUUUGUAAUUUGGACGAAAUUCAUGCAUUCCAUGCUAAAUCAUUUCUACCCGAUUUGUCAAAUUGUGUGGAAUCAAUAGAACUUGUUGGCCUCUGUUUUAUUCAGAGGCACUCUGACUUUCUAUCCAUGUACAGUCAAUAUUGUCAACUUUUACCUGCCUCAGAAAUACUCAGAAAGGAUAUAGGAGAAAAUCACCCCUGGUUUGUAGCAUGUCGUAACCGUUUAGGACAUAAACUUCCCCUCGGAGCUUAUUUAUUGAAACCGGUGCAAAGAAUUACAAAAUAUCACCUGCUUCUGAAGGACCUCAUAAAGAGUUCAGAGGGCUGCGAAGGCUAUGCCGAACUGUUGGAAGCCCUUGAAUGCAUGUUGGUCGUGUUACGCUGUGUCAACGACGGGAUGCACCAAUUGGGAAUUACAGGUUAUCCGGGGAAACUAAUUGAGGAAGGCUACCUCCUCCUCCAAGGUUCCUUUCUCCUCUGGACGGACAACAAGAAAGAUCGCCUCCGCCUAAAGGGACAUCAACGCCACCUCUUCCUAUACCAGCGAUCGGUCCUGAUUUGCAAAAAAGUCCCGAAAUCGUCCCUAUACGAGUUCCGGAAUAAGUUGAGCUUGUCUGAAGUUGGGUUAACAGAGGCUCUCAAGGGGUCUGGGGCUUCGAAAAAGUUUGAAAUUUGGAUUAACGGGAGGCAGAAAGUUUAUCUCCUUCAGGCCGAGAGUGCUGAGACGAAGGACAUUUGGGUACGAGAAAUUAAGAAAUUGCUACUCGAACAGUUGGAGUCUAUUCGAGCGACAAAGUCGCAAACAAUCGCUGCAUGUGCAGCGGGGAUGUCAUCAUCACAGUCUCUCGGGGUGUCAAAUUUACAACCUUUGGCUGCUGCUCGAAGACAGAAAAUGAUGUCCGGAAAAGGGAUAACGGUGAAUGGGUGGAGGACAACGAAUAUUGGACAUCGACCACUCCGCCAAGUUUCCUCCUGGGAUAAUCCUGACGUCGUACCGAGACCCAAGAGUCGUAUUUCUAAUGAAUGUGACAUUGAUGAGGACUUGUGGAGCUGCUCUGAAAUGUCGAAUAGUGACGAUGAUGAUAAUUCCACAGCGACGCCACCCUCUCGACCACUCUCCAUAGGAGACGAAUCUGCCGUAGCGAUGAAUGUGUACGGAGUGGGCGAGAAUGUGGAAAAUAGUCCGAGAUAUGUCGUUCUGGCGGAUUAUGGUCCUAUGGGUCCUGCGGAAGUAUUGUUGAAAGAAGGUGACAUCGUAUCACUUGUCAAGGUUGGAUGUGGGGGAUGGUGGUUUGUCAAGAUUCUCCACUCCACGGCCUCUGCCAUCGGUCCCAUGGAGGGUUGGGCACCUGCCGCGUAUCUCGAGAAAUUCAAUUCACCCGGAAUUACUAAACGGAAAACUGGAUCGGUUACUGACAUCUCGGGAGGAAAUGUCCUCUCCGUCUCGUCGAAACCUAAUCAGAUUAUGAUGAAGAACAAAGAUUCGAAUCAACAAGGAAUAGGAGGAAGAUCUGCUAGUAUUCCGACGGGGGGCUCUUCUUCGUCCAGGUUAUGUUCUACAUCUUCGACGUCGCGACAGAAAUUGAGUCAAAGUACAGAAGAUAUUUUGUCAGCAUUACGCUAAGUGAAGGAAGGAUGGCAUAAUAAUAUAGUAUAAUCGAAGAGAAGCUAAACUCAAAAAAUACGAUACGCUUGUGACAGAUAGUACAUUCCUAAAUAAUCUUAUUGUAGUUGUCCUACUAUUUCUGUCACUAACAUAUCGACUCCUCGAUAAGAUUUAUUAUUAUUAAACUGUCUGAAUAUAGGGUAAGAAUUGGAAUCAUUGCUUUAAAUGAUUUCAACAAGUGUAAAUUAAACGGUUUUUAAAAUCUCAGGAUUCAAAAUGGUACAGUAUUUUGUGGAAUUUUUAGAAACUUGUGAAUCCAAUCCAAGCCUUGUAAGAAGUACAUUACGCAAUCUCUAUCCUAUAACGAAUGCUCUCUUUCUCUCAUGAAAAGUGGUCUGGUUGUCAGUAUUUGUUAAAAUUGUAUUGAAAAUAUGUAACUAGUCAUUCCUCAUCGAUCUGUGGUCGAUAUCGUAUACAUUACGUUGGUGUUCAUGAUUUCAAACCCGGUUAAACAACUUAAUUAAUCUAUGUAAUUGUCACCUACCUUUAAAUAUUAUAAGCCAGCAGUUUGUAAAACAUGGCAAACAUCACCAAAAUUUAGGAAUAUUCUGAUAGUGAAAGUCAAGUGAAAUGUACAAAACCAUUGCCACCGAAAUAAUUUUAGCAAUUAUAUAGUUUGAUUGAUACUGUGCUACAAUUAGUUAAAAUUAAUUAUAUGGAAUUUAGUUAAACCAGGGUAUUUAUAAAUGGGAGCGAGAACAGGAUAUGCAAAUAGAUUGUAAUUAUUUAUAAGGAGUAAUUGACACAAUAACCAGAACCAUAAUUACAAUUUGUAAUUUACAAGACUGAUUAGUCAUAAAAUAACAAACACUGGUGAAUUAAUUAUUAAUAGUCGUACGAAUGUAGUUGGACUUAAAAAAUUGCUAGUGAAUUGUCAGUCAUAACGCUUGAAAGAUUGAUUGAACGAGAUUAAUUGGUGUAAAAAUCCGGAAUUGGGUCUAAAAAAUGAAUCUGGUCUUGAAAAAUACUAAACAAAAAUGUGGUUGCUAAUUUAUGAAACUAUAAAAAAUUCGGGUAGGAUUACGAUUAUGGAUGGUAUGCAAGGGUCGCAUCAUGAAAUAGAUUUAAAAAGUAAUCCGUGUGAAUAGACAAUAGGAGACAAAUGCCCAGCAGUAAUUAUCAUGUAAUUAUUAUGUAUUCGUGCGUAUUUUUGUGAUUGCGUAUCAUUACUCGUUAGUUAUUUUAUUAUAUACUUUCGAAUGGGAGGUUGAUCUAAUAAUUUAUUAUACCAACAACCGUUUGGUCGUCUCUUAUGAAAAUUAGUUAAGUCCAUUAUUUUUGUGAUGUUCAAGACUUGUUAUACAACUGCCCUACAUAAUCUGAUCAUAUCAUUAUUCACUCGUGUACCUAUUCUAUUUUGUACUUCAAGUUUUUGUACUUUUGCAUUUCAUUGCAAAUUAUCAGUCAAAAAACUGUACUUUUACAGUUUGUUCGUAUUAUUAUUUUCCAUGUCCAUACUACACAAUUCCAUUAUAUAUUUGAUGUGAAUGUCUCUAAAUCCUAAACCUUUGUGUGUAUGCAUGCGUACUGAAUCGAUUAUCUUAAUACAAUAAUAAUUAACUACUGGUAUACAAAUUGUACUGCGAUUAGUUAGUUCGAUGUUGGAUGGACAAAACCAAAAUAUUGUGCAUUGAUUCAAUAACUAAUGGAAGAAGAAUGAAAGUAUUUAUUUAUUCAAGAAUGGCGAAUCUGUAUAAUCAGAUUACAAAGUAGUAAUUACGUACGUAUAAGACUUGGAAAAACUCAUCCUCAGUGUGUACUAGACAUCAGAUGACAAUAACUGGUUAAAAAGUCAGGAAUAUCUGUACUUAGAAAAAAAUGGAAAUAAAAACAUACUGAAAAGUAAUUCA